CUAGAAUCUACUGUAGCUUCUAAAGGUCUCGUCUGUCGUUUCAGUCAAUCUUUCUAUAGAGUUACUUCCACCUUGAUCCUCAUUGGUGUUGUAUGUUGUUUGGUGUAUUUUGGUGUCCACUGGUUUCAAUACAGAUCAGUCAAGUCAGAAGUAGAACAGAGAAAAGUGUUUAAAAUGGUAGAAGAUAUUAUUGAUAUACUGAGAGAGAAUUGUGACAGUAAAGAUAACCAGUCAUCAUAUAUGGCUGUACAACACGUUAGAGAUCAGUUACUAUCUCCUUCUAAACGCCAUGAACUACAGCCAAUUUGGGAUAAAGCUGUGAGGUUUAUUGAAGCCAAUGAAUCUAGAAUCAGACUGGAGUCUCAAAUAAUCCAGGGAGAGGAAUUCGAAGUGUGGAAGUGGAUUCAUAGUGUACCCAAUGGAGCAAAAGUUUGGCAGGGACAAGCGUUUGGUGAGCAUAAUGAUACAGCUACUAGUUCUUUACGAUAUAGUCCUACUCCGUGUUUAAAAGUUAAAAACAUGUUUGACACUGCUGUAGAAAGUGAUCAGGAAUGGUAUGAAAGUGUAGAAAAUGCUAUUCUAGAGAAAACAGAAGAUAUAGCUGAUAUUGUUCAUAUAUAUGUUGAUGAUGAAUCUAAAGAGGGUUGUGUUUAUAUUAAAUGUAGCAGUAGAGAAGCAGCAGGGAAAGCUCGGCAAUGUCUACAUGGAUGGUGGUUUGACGGUCGGUUGAUUACGGCCCGAUAUUUAAGAUUAGAACAUUACCAUAAACAGUUUCCCGAAUCAGUGAAAGCCGUACGUCCUCUACGAUUUCAUAAACAACAGCAGAAACCAUCUUCAUUGAGUCAACCUUAUUACCGCUCUACACUCGAAAUGACGUAA